AAGGUACCAUUCCUAGAUGUCAGCAUCUCACCUCGAACUGUAUAUUAUUUCUGUAAUUUUUUAAAUUGCUGUAAUACAAAUGGGAAAUACAGUACAGACUUAUUUUCAUCCGGGUCCAUACCCAGAAACUGAUGGACCUCCACAAUUUGAUCCCAUGCUCGGAUUUCCUAAAGGUCGUAAACAGAGAGUUAUGAAAGCGACAGAAGAAGAAAUGAUUGCAGCAAAAGUUCCUUUAGAUCUACGGGAUUAUUGUGCUCAUAUCUAUUUGGAUUUUGUUGGUUGUAUGAGACUUAAUUUUCCAUUCUACCUUCCUUGUGAGAAAUACCAGCACAAGUAUGCAGACUGCGAAUUUGAAGACUAUGUCUUGCGGAUGAAAGAGUAUGAAAGAGAACGUAGGCUUCUUGUUCGGCAAGAGAAGAAACAGAAAGCUCUACAAGCAGCUGCUUAGAAGUUGACUCUAUUUACAAAUUAUUUAUCAUUAGAAAAUAUUCAAUACUUACGUAUACAAAGUUCAGCUUUUUAUCACUGUAAAUAAAUCUUAAUAAAAAGCUAAGUGGUAUAAAUCA